GCGCUCGGCUGCCAGCUUCGGCUCCUUCCACCUCAUCCGUCUGCUUUAUGAUGAAUACAUGUUCUAUUUGGUAGAACAUCGUGUUGCCAUGGCAACCGGAGAAACGCCCAUCGCUGUCAUGGGGGAGUUCAGUGACCUCAGCUCCAUGAUGCCAUCACUUAUGGAGAAAGAUGCCUCAUUCUCAGACGAUCUGGCCAGUGAUGGAGACAUGUCGAGGAUGAGCGAGAGGAGCAUGAGUGAGCCGGCGGUGAAGAGCGAGCGAAUCGAGAUCAGUCCCUCCCUGCAGGAGAUCUAAUCAGCCUCACCCCAGACCACCGCAGACCCAGCCGGACCACCUCAAAAGGCUGCCGGUGGCAAAGAUAACACUCAUCUGUGAGGUUUUUCUUUAUCUUGAGGGUACGUAGGUCUGUUUAGGGUCAGUGUGUGUCUCUCUUUCGCCUUUAGGUUUUCUGCGACUGUGAAACAAGAACGUGCUGGUUUUGUGAUAUGUUUUUGUCAUGUGCCAUAGUCUUCUUUCAGUGCCUUGGACGAGAAAAGAAACACUAGAGCAGAACUGUCUUUCUCUUUGAUUUUUUCUUGUUCUGUCGUUCUCUCGGCCGUGCCUCUAACCACAGAAUGAAUGUAUCGUCUCAGAACCUGAUGUCUAAAGCACCUUUUAAAGAUGGUCACAUUUUUAGACUUUCUGCCUCGGCCGUUUCUUCGCGGUUCCUCAGGCGUAGAUGCAACCUGCUGACCCCAAAGCCUUUUCAAUGCCGAAAUGGACGGAGAACGCUCCAUUCUAGCCAUUUUGUAGAUAAACCCCGGCCAUAUGAGAUGCCUAGUCUAUACCUCAACAGUUUUUAGUUCUAAUGAAUUAAUGUCUAACUUUUAUUACAUUUUAUAAAAAAUCACUAUAAAAGAGAUUAUUCUACUCGGUUUGGUCUGAUCGGUUGCCCUGAAAGCGCCCCGUUCUCGUUCGAAAGCUUCGGGAUGUACAUACGCCUACUGUGUUGAUGGAUAUUGUUCUGUUUUAGAUGAACCCAAGCAGAGCAGGUCCUAUCAAAACUGGUUUGUGAAACGUUUUGGUCUAGUUUUGUAGUUCUUGGUUGUUAAAAAGAGCCUAGUUGAUAUAUUGAACAUACCUGUGUGUGAGGCCUUCUGAAGUAACUGGAAGUGAGUGUGCACUCACUCAACAGGUUAUGUGAAUAGUUUUCGUGUCGUUUUUAUUAAAAACGAACUUACAAGUUUUUUUUUUUAAAUUGAUUAAAAGAACUUCCUAUACAUAUUUAAGUAUAUUGUGUAAAUGUAAUUACAAAAAAAAAUAAAAAGUAAAAGCUAUAUAAUAGCUAAAAGCUUUUUCUAGAUGUAGAAAACCCAAAAUAGACAUAUAACAGAAUAUGCAGAUUCUUACAGAUACGCCUCAUCACCUGGUGCUGUACAUCUGAUGUUUUAGUUUGCACGCUUGUAAUGGAAACGAUGUGCCCACUUGGCUGACGUAAAGCUGGAAAUAUUUUCAGGAGAUAUGUCGUUUUCAGGUUGUGAUCUUUACUGGUGCCUGGUAGCGGCCCGUAAUGGGCACCCUACAUGUCCCUCUCUGAUAUUUACAAAGAUAAACUUCAUUUCUACUAGCGUUGUGUUUGUUUCUGAGAAGUGAUUGGCAGAUGUUUUCUCACUGUGGUUGGUUGUGAGUGUCAGGCUCUGUACUUUAACGCCUGUCAUGGUUCUUUGCCUGUUGUGUGCUUUUGGGAAGGGAAUUUGUUCAGUGUAUUUUUAAUUUUUUUUUUUUAAUGCUGUUUUAAAGCUUCUGGCUAAGGAUUAUUUUUAUGGAGGUAAAUGCAAUUCUUCUCACUAUAUUGAUACCUUAUUUUUGUGUCUUUAAAAAAAUCUUUAUUUAGCCUCAACUGCUUAGUUCCGACUGUAUUUUGUACUGGUAAAAAGUGUAAUAAAUUUGUGUAAACCACUUUUGUCUCCGAUGCUUGUGGUGUUAUAAUCGACACACGGACUUAUUUUUCAUAUUAAACCUUUCUUGAAUACUCAACAUACAUACAUUCUGUAAAUAUCAGAACUUUAUAUCCAUUGUACAUGUUCAUACUUAUUCAUUCACAAAUUUGCACUAAAAAUGAACAGAAAUAUACAUCCAGUUCUUCAAAAUUGAAAUAAAUGUGUGGCUUGUGCACCAAACAAAGAAUUCUAUACAGAUAAAAGUAGAGGCUGGUUGUGGUCCCUAAUUCCAAUGCAUACUUGUCCUAGAGCAAUGCAUCAUGGGUAUUCUUAGCGGUUUCCCACACAUCACACUGUAUAUAUACAACAUGAUCUCUCCUCUUCAGGCCUGUAGCAGACAGUUCCAGCAGCCCAGGGGGGUUAAAAAGUGCAAACUUUGUGCCUCUGGUAGUGAAGCAGUCACCAUCACCGCUCAUAAAGAACAGCCAGCCAUGUAUUU